CAUGCUGUCCUACAGCGUGCUCGACGCCACCGUGGUGGACGUGGAGAAGCGGCGCAGCCCCUCCAAGCACUACGUCUAUAUCAUAAACGUGACAUGGUCUGACUUGACUUCCCAGAUCAUCUACAGAAGGUACAGCAAGUUCUUUGACCUGCAGAUGCAGCUGCUGGACAAGUUCCCCAUUGAAGGCGGCCAGAAAGACCCCAAGCAAAGAAUCAUCCCUUUCCUACCAGGCAAGAUCCUGUUCCGGAGGAGCCACGUUCGGGAUGUGGCAGUGAAGAGGCUGAAGCCCAUUGACGAGUACUGCCGGGCGCUGGUCAGGCUUCCUCCUCACAUUUCCCAAUGUGAUGAAGUCUUCAGGUUCUUCGAGGCUCGACCAGAGGACCUCAACCCUCCCAAAGAGGAGCCGCRCGGCAGAGCGGGGCUUGGCUUCCUUAGYGAAGUCCAUAGUUUGAAAACAGGUGGUGCUGAUGCUAGCUCCGAACCCAUGAUCCUGGAGCAAUAUGUGGUGGUGUCCAACUAUGAGAAGCAGGAGAACUCUGAAAUUAGCCUGCARGCUGGAGAGGUCGUGGAUGUCAUAGAGAAAAACGAAAGCGGCUGGUGGUUUGUGAGCACAGCAGAGGAGCAGGGCUGGGUCCCUGCUACGUACCUGGAAUCCCAAAAUGGAACCAGAGAUGACUCGGACAUCAACACAUCGAAAAUGGGGGAAGUCUCUAAGCGACGCAAGGCUCACCUGAGGCGCCUGGACCGGCGAUGGACGCUGGGCGGGAUAGUCAACAGGCAGCAGAGUCGAGAAGAGAAAUAUGUCACUAUCCAGCCGUACGCCAGCCAGGGGAAGGAUGAGAUUGGGUUCGAGAAAGGGGUCACCGUGGAGGUCAUCCAAAAGAACCUGGAAGGAUGGUGGUACAUAAGGUAUCUGGGCAAAGAGGGCUGGGCCCCAGCUUCAUAUCUGAAGAAGGCUAAGGAUGACCUUCCAUCUAGGAAAAAGAACUUAACUGGGCCCGUGGAAAUCAUAGGAAACAUUAUGGAGAUCAGUAACCUGCUGAACAAGAAAUCAUCGACCGACAAGGAAACCCAAGCAGAAAAUGAGACCUCGGAAUCCCACAUCACCAAGAAGGAAAUCAGCUUGCCCAUCCUGUGCAACGACUCCAAUGGCAAUGCCAUGAUGACCCCAGACAAGCAGGCCUCCAAACUGGCCCAGGGCUCCCCAGCCAUAGCAAGGAUAGCACCACAAAGAGCUCAAAUAAGUUCUCCAAAUUUAAGAACAAGGCCGCCCCCACGAAGAGAAUCCAGUCUGGGUUUUCAGUUGCCCAAACCRCCCGAGCCGCCCUCUGUGGAAGUGGAAUACUACACUAUUGCGGAGUUCCAGUCUUGUAUCUCGGAUGGGAUAAGCUUUCGUGGAGGACAGAAAGCAGAGGUUAUAGAAAAGAAUUCUGGUGGCUGGUGGUAUGUGCAGAUUGGAGAAAAGGAAGGAUGGGCACCAGCAUCUUACAUUGACAAGAGGAAGAAGCCAAAUUUAAAUAGAAGAACCAGUACCUUAACACGUCCGAAGGUCCCUCCCCCAGCUCCUCCCAGUAAGCCAAAAGACACUGAAGAAGGGACAGCUCCUGGAACUGGUUCUUCAGGGGAAGCCCAGGACUCUCCCCACAAGCUGAAAUACGAAGAACCUGAGUAUGAUGUACCUGCUUUUGGCUUUGACUCGGAAUGUGAUGCGAGUGAAAGCCACCGUGAAGACAGCGCUCCUGAAAAACGACUGUUUCAGCCGCUCAAGCCCUCUCCUGUGUCAUCGCUGCAGAAAACAAAAUUCAAAGUUGGAGAGUCUUCGGAGGAUGUUGCCCAUGAAGAAGAGACCAUCUAUGAGAAUGAGGGAUUCAGGCGUUAUGUGGAAGAUGCUUUGUCCAACAAGGAAUCCAGUGGAGACUCCGACUCCCAGAAAAGCUCUUCUCUGUCCUCGAUUCGAAGGAACUCUCCCUGUUCCAGCUCUCCUAAAACAUCUCUUGUGAAGCCCAAGACUGACAAAAAUAUCCACCCUGAUCUUGGAAAAUGUCACUACUCCAGGAACGAGGAGACAAAGCCAAGGUCAGCUUCAGAUGUGGGCUUACGUAGCAUGCCGAGAACAGGUGGUGUGAAGAAAGAGCCAGCGCAGAGCCCCUCCAUUAGAGCRAAGCCAAUUGUUAGGCCCAAACCCUUCCUGAACAAGGCAGAGUCUCAGAGCCAGGAAAAAAUGGAUAUCAGCACUUUAAGACGUCAGCUGAGGCCAACUGGGCAACUCAGAGGUGGACUUAAAGGUUCAAGAAGUGAAGAGUCUGAGAGCCCCCCAUACACCGCUUCUGAGAACCAAGAAGAUCCUGUUAGGAGGAGCUCGGCUGAUCUCAUUACGGCUCCAUCCCGUGGCAUUUUCUGCUCCAGCCAUCAGGCCAAAACUGAGCAAGAAAAUGAUUCCAGAUGUUUCUACGUGACCACUGACUCAUACCAAAAGGUACAGGAUUCUGAAAUCUGCUUCCCAGCAGGAGUAGAAGUAGAAGUACUGGAGAAGCAAGCCAGUGGGUGGUGGUACCUGAAAUACGGAGAUGCGGAAGGCUGGGCUCCUUCCCAUUAUCUGGCUCUUGCUGAUAAUCGAGAAACCACAGCGACGGACACGGAUGCCUCGCUUUCCAAGAACAGGAAAAAUGAAAACAAGUCAAACAGUUUAGAGAAGAUAGAGAAGAGAGUGCAGGCUUUGAACACCAUCAACCAAAGCAAACGUGCAACACCACCCAUCCCAAGCAAACCUCCUGGUGGUUUUUCAAAAACGUCAGGGCCAGUCAAAAUGAGAAAUGGUGUSAGGCAGCUUGCUGUCCGGCCACAGUCAGUGUUUGUGUCUCCACCACCUAAGGAAAACAACCUGUCAUGCUCUUUACGCAGAAACGAGUCCUUAACAUCUACGGACCAUCUGAGGAACGUCCGACGGAAUUCCUCCUUCAGCAACGCGCGGUCGCAGCUGGGUGACUCCAAGGGAAAGCAGGCGGAGAGGUCUGGCACAGARGGCUUGGAAACCACCUCCAACCUCCCCACCCAGAGGAAUGGCAUCCCCGUGUCCACUGUCAGGCCCAAACCCAUUGAGAAAUCCCAGUUCAUCCACAACAAUCUCAAAGACAUCUAUGUUUCCAUUGCAGACUAUGAAGGGGAUGAAGAGACUGCGGGCUUUCAGGAGGGUGUCUGCAUGGAGGUCCUGGAAAGGAACCCAAAUGGCUGGUGGUACUGCCAGAUCAUGAAUGGGGUGAAACCAUUCAAAGGCUGGGUGCCCUCAAAUUAUUUGGAGAAAAAGAACUAAUGUUGCAAUGUCUCUAACCUCCCUAAUUUAUACUGUUCCUGCUGUGUACACGUGGAAAAAAAAAUUGCUACACAAAAAGAUAUUUCCCUGUGCCCAAAUUUGUACAAAGGGACAAAGGAGUCUGUCUAUGCUGCGGAGAAGUCUGCCGUGUUCUGGAGAGGUCUGUGGGCUUAAGGUGUUAUAAGCAACCGUGAGGAAGAUGCAGCACAGUCAAAUGCCUCUUUGUGAAGUUGUUAAUAAUCUUGUAUGUGUAACAGGGUAUGACAUCCCAUCUCUCCCGUUAUUGAUAGGAAACCAAAUGUGUGCCUUUGUGAGAGAAAUACAGAUGCAUCUACUUGAGGAGUUCAGUGCCAAACUCUCAUGUUCUACAGUCUUGGCUCCCCUUCUCCUCGUUCUUGUCCACACAUGGAAUACCCAAGAGUUUUGGAUGUGUUUCCACAACUUGCGAGCAGUAAGAAGCAAAUGGAAAUUGUGUUUUGAAAYGCAGAGGGACUCUAACUCCGUGGAGAAGCCCACUUUCCUCUUCUCAGCAGUUGCUCGGUCCAGAGUUGGAGCCUUUUCAUCGUGGAGAGAUUUGGCCUCUGACUUCACUUGUGUUUUGUUACUGCUUGCUCCUCGGAAAUGGCCAUCAGGUGGUGUUUGGGCUCUUUUUUUGUUUCCUUUUGUUCUCUGUCUAGCUCUUUGAGUUGGGAUUUUCAGGUGUACAAGGGCAGUGAUGCCCACAGGUGCUUGUACAAAACAAACCCACAAACCCCAUGCUUAAGCAUGUUCAUCACUUUAUUGGCUCUGUGUUUAGUUCUGGGUCUGACGCCUGCCAGGAGAUCUCAGUUAAUUUUCUUUGCGGAAUGAGGUUUCUCAAAAGGAUCAUAAUAUCAAAAUUUACAAAACUCCCUUAAGACACUGAAGACAAGAGAGCU